AUGAACUUGCUACCAAUGCUUCCUCAAAAUGGCAUCUGUCCUGCCUUCAUAGAGAAAUUUUCCAUAAUAAUCUAUUUUGAAGACUUGUUAAAUUUGCAAAGAAGUUGGAACAAAACAUUUGUAAACAUUAUGGAAAGUAAAGCCAAUGCUGUUGUUGUCCAUGGAGAAACCAAGACCAUGUUAAGUUUAAGAGGGUUGCUUCAUCAAGGAGAAAGUGACUUUCGGAAAGGAUUUGGUAAAGUGUUAAUUAUGGCAGCCCAGUUGGAUCUUGCAUCACUGCCUAUGUAUAAGGAAUGGAGUAUAGAACCCUUCCACGGAACCUUAGCCUUCACAACCCACUCACAUGAGGUGCUGGGAUUCCAACAUUUUCUUCAAAAAUUAAGGCCUCAUUUGGUCAAAGGAGAUGGCUUCAUCCAAACAUUCUGGGAACAAGCGUUUGACUGCUCACUUCAACAUUUCAGUUCUAAUGGAGAUGCUGAGAAAGCUUGCACUGGGGAAGAGAGGCUGGAAAGCCUUCCUGGACCUUUCUUUGAAAUGAGCAUGACUGGCCAUAGCUACAGCAUUUACAAUGCUAUCUAUGCUUUGGUAAAUUCUGUACAUGCCAUGUUCUCAUCCAGAUCCAGACUAAGGGUAGCCAGAGGGAAGCUGGAAUACAAGAAUAUGUUGCCAUGGCAGGUGAUGCCCCUUUCUCUCUGUAAUGAUAAAUGCUACCCUGGUUAUCAGAAGAGAAAGAAGGAAGGGAAGCCAUUUUGCUGCUAUGAUUGUGUGCCAUGUCCAAAAGGGAAGAUUUCUCACCGGACAGACAUGGAUUCCUGUACCUCAUGUCAAGAAGAUAACUAUCCUAACAAGGAACAAAAUAAAUGCAUUCCCAAGGUGGUAACUUUCUUGUCUUAUGAUGAGUCUUUGGGAAUAAGUUUUGCUAUUUUUGUGUUUUUAUUUUCUUUGAUCACAGCUCUGGUGCUAGGAACAUUUGUAAAGCACCACGACACUCCCAUUGUAAAAGCCAACAACAGGAACCUCACCUACAGUCUCCUAAUCUCUCUCCUGCUCUGUUUCCUUUGUGCUUUGCUGUUCAUUGGGCAACCUGAGAAGCUGAAGUGUCUCCUUCGUCAAGUUGCAUUUGGGAUGGUCUUCUCAGUGGCUGUGUCUUGUGUGUUAUCAAAAACUUUCACUGUGGUUUUGGCUUUCGUGGCCACCAGGCCUGGGAGCAACAUGAGGAAAUUUGUGGGGAAAAGAGUAGCCAACUCCAUUGCUCUUCUCUGCUCCAUUAUUGAAGCAACCAUUUGCACUGUAUGGCUGGCAACCUCUCCCCCUUUCCCAGAUGUUGACAGGAACUCAGUGGCUGGUGAAAUUGUAUUGGAAUGUAAUGAGGGGUCUGUGACUAUGUUUUAUUGUGUCCUGGGUUACAUUGGUUUCCUGGCUUUUAUGAGUUUCAGUGUGGCAUUCCUCUCCAGGAAGUUACCUGACAGUUUUAAUGAAGCCAAGCUGAUCACUUUCAGCAUGCUGUUGUUUUGCAGUGUUUGGUUAUCCUUUAUUCCAGCCUACCUGAGCACAAAAGGGAAAUACACGGUGGCUGUGGAGAUUUUCUCAAUCUUAGCCUCCAGUGCUGGGCUGUUGGGUUGCGUCUUCUUUCCUAAAUGUUUCAUUAUUUUGCUUAGACCAGAGCUGAACAAAAGAGAGCAGUUAAUAAAGAGAAAUGCUUAUUGA